AUGUCGUCCGUGAGCUCCAAUUCAGAUAUGCUGAUGAGCCCCGUGGACUAUUCUCCAAAUUUGUCUCGAAGACCGUCGUUGCAAGGAAGUGAAACUUUCGAGGAGUCUGAGGAUGAGUACAUAACUAGCGACGAGGAGCUUUUAAGUGGGAUGAUCUCCAAUGACGAACAGCGACACAGCUUCGGACGUGCUACUUCUUUGUCUGAUCAUACUGAGUACUUCACAAAAACCAUUGCCAACGCAAUGGAGUCGCUACUGCUUGACAAGUCGCUCGUUGCGCAGGCGCAAUUGAGUGGGUACAUCAACAACAAGAAUCAACAGCUCGUUGAGAUGAACGAAAAACUAUGUUCCAGAUUAGAGAACUUGAGACAGCAAUACGAAUUUCAUAUCUCUAGACACAGAUUAGGAUAUCUCGAAAAAGAUCUAGAAAAUAUCUCCUCUCGUAUCGAGACACUAAAGCACGGUGCCAAGGGCUCUGUUUUGUUUGGUAAUAGUAAGCUAGGAGUGGCUCAGAAAUUCCCUGUUGAGUACAAUAAGGCCAAGGAUAAGGUAUUUGAUCGUGUUUCAGAGCCAUAA